UUCCAGAUGGAAGCAUCGGCUCGGUAGGGAUCCAACCGCACCCCCUCACUCGUCCACAUCGUCCAUUUGACUGUAGUAUUGUUUUCAUCGUUUAUUCGUUCAUUAAAAUAAUACUAGUGUUAAUGAUUACAUCAAUAAUAGUUAAUUGGUGCUCGAAGUAUUUGGACAGACGUUUUUUUUAGAAAUUUCCAAAUAAAAUAUUACAUUGUUAAUAUUAGUAUGGAUUGGUUAAAGUUUAGAGCGUUCGAACGGUUUCGACUAGAUAAACGGGUCGAUUAUAUUGGCCAAUGAAUAAAAAUAAAAGUUCAUAUGUUUGCUAUCAAAAAUUAAUUUAAACUAGAAAUAAUUAAACAUCAUGACUAUGGCCGAUACCGGAGUGACUACAAUGACAAGUGCUGAUUUCGAUGACCAGGAUUUAGUUGGUAUAAGCAAUGCACAGAAACGGAAUUGGCGAGGCAUACUUAUUGCUUUAAUGGUCAUUGUGGCUGUAUUGGCCAUGAUAAUCAUGUCAGUAGUACUAUUAACACCUGAAGAAGACUUCGGAUUAGGUGGACGCUGGCGAAGAAUGCGUGGACGCAGAAUCCGUCUAAGUGAUGUUCUAGAAGAUGAGCAAUCGCAUUCCGUGCAAUUGUUCAAUGGCACGUGGAUAUCGGGCCAUGAAAUGAUCUACAAAACAACAGAAGGUGGUGUGGGAUUACUGAAUGUCAGGACGAUGGUCAGCACACCUCUUAUGUCAAAUCAUUCAUUUAAUCUACUGAAUCCAGUAGUGGAUUUCACUAUGUCACUAGAUAGAAAAUAUUUGCUAAUAGCACAUGAUCCACAAAAGUUAUUUAGAUACUCAUAUUUGGCUCGAUACACAGUAUACACUAUUUCUACCAAUCAUAUGAUAUCGGUGACUCUGAACACCGUAGAAAAUAAUAAUGAUAAUGUAACUACAAACCAACAACAGCAAUCUUACUUUAUGCAAGUGCAGUGGAAUGGAGGUGCUAAAACAGAAGACGCGAGCUUUAAUACUGCAUCUUAUGAUGAAAAAAUAACUCCUCCACCAGAGGAUAAAGAUUUCGAUUCUAAUUCCAAGCCAUUAUCACCUCUAGGCUUAGUGGCCGUGUACAGUAAUUGCGAUAUUUAUUACAUUGCAAUAUUAACUGAAAAACUUUCAGAAAAUAAUGAAGAUAUAACAGUUAAGUUAGUUCCUAAAAGAAUUACUAAUACUGGAGUGCCAGGUAUUAUUAGCAAUGGUGUACCUGACUGGCUUUAUGAAGAAGAAAUAUUGAAGUCUAGAACGGCAAUGUGGACAUCUUCACCAAAUACUCCGAAAAUGAUGAUGUUAUAUGCGACAUUUGAUGAUACUCGCGUGGGAGAAUACAAAUUUCCCAUUUAUUCAACCAAUGUUGGCAGUGAUUCUUUCAAGCGUCACUUAUACCCAGAAAUCCGUAGUCUGCGAUAUCCAAAGGCUGGGACAUUAAAUCCAAUCGUUACUCUAUCAGUGUUCAACAUUGGAGAUGUUGCUGAAAAUCUCAAAAACAACAACUUGCAACAGUCAAUAAAAAUUCGCACGCUCACUCCUCCCUCAAUGUUCCAGUAUACAGAUGAUUAUUAUUUUACGUCAGUACAAUGGGUCAGUCCAGAAGAAGUGUGUGUUGUCUGGUUGAAUCGACAACAAAAUACUAGCGCCACUACCAUUUGUAAAUCACCUAUGUGGAUUUGCCAAGAAACUCAAGUCAUAAAUGCUGCAUCGAUGGUUAGUCGUCAUGGCAACAUUGGUCACGGAAUUCAUGGACAACCUAUUGCUGGCCAAAAUAGUCAAACCCGACUAGGCGGAUGGGUGGACGUAACAGGACCACCGGUUUUUAGCCGAGAUGGAGAUGGAUAUGUUUCACUGGCACCCAUUAGAUACGGUACAAACAGUGGUUCAGGACGUACUUCGGGAUUUGCUGGAAUGCAUCAGGCUGCUUCAAGUAAUAACAGAUACGAUCUCGGAGCAGGCUAUUACAGACAAAUAGUUGCUGUGAAUAUAACAAAAAAACUUUUGAUCCCACUUACUUACGGCCCUUGGACUGUCGAAAAAAUUUUAUCAUGGGACCAUAUCACUAAUACUAUUUAUUUUUUGGCUAUACCUGCCGAUAGGCCCAGCGAACGGCAUCUGUAUGCCACCACACAUUAUUAUUAUCAUAUGAGCAGUUUGAGCACCUCAUCAUCCUACCGAUCUCACCAACCGCAUACGCCAGCUCAUUUAAUUGAUCCCCAACCUUCAGUUUGUCUAAGCUGCUCAAAUGAAGAAAUAAAUGAAAAUCCAGUUGCUCCUGAUGCUGUUUCUACAGUUGAAAAAAACUAUACAACAACAGAAACAUUAACAAUAACAACAUCUGAACCAAAACCCGCCGAAUCACGUCUAUACCAAUUUUUAUUAUCGUCACAACAAUAUCAAUUAGAUCAAUCAGAAAUCGGACAUAUUGGGGUAAGCAAAAAUGCAAAACAAGACAAGUAUGAUGACCAAGCUGACCAAAGAAAACGUCAUAAUCAGCGAUUACGAGAAAAUGAACAACAAUUAAAAACUAAUAGAGAUCCUCGUAGAAAACCUGGAGGUAAUCAGAUCAGAUGUAAUUAUUACGACGCUGAAUUCAGUCUUACAGCCGAGUUCUACGCUCUCAUUUGUUUGGGGCCUGGUGUCCCAAUGGUUACCCUUCACAAAACAGUAGUAGUUCCUAUACGAGAAGAAGAAAAAAAAACAGAGAUUGAAAAAGAAACUGAUAAAAAAAAAGAUGACAUCAGCGGAAUUAAAGGGCGUCCUUCCCAAUUGAAAUCACAUGCAAAAAUAUCGAACAAAUUUGUUGGUACACUUGAAAACAACACUUACCUUUUUGACAAAUACAACACCAAAGUAUACCUUACAGCAACAAGAACGUUUGAUGUACGCGUUUCUGGUGGACACAGCGCCAGGAUUCGAUUGUAUCUGCCACCCGGAGUACGUUUUGACUCAGAUUUGGAUUCUAUAGGAUCCGGAGGAGCGGGUGCUAGUCCUGAUGACGACCGCAAGUAUCCGCUUAUUGUGCACGUUGGUAACGGUCCAGGGACUCAGUCCGUAGUAGACACUUGGCAGUCGGAUUGGUCUAUACAGUAUUUAGCUGCGGCUCAUGAUUACGUAGUGGCCGUCGUGGACGGUGGUCGUGGAUCCGGAGGCCGAGGAUACGACCUGUUGCUAUCGAUAUAUAAACGUCUGGGAAAUUACGACGUUGCAGAUCAAUUAGAAGUCACUGAGUAUUUACGAGAUAACUUGCAUUUUGUGGACAAGAGACGAGUAGCCGUUUGGGGAUCAGCUGGUUAUGGUGGUUAUCUGGCGGCUAAAUUACUAUUGACAACUAUGAUUCAAGAAAAGAAACGAGGACGACGAAACUCUGGUAAUGGCGGUGGAUCAUAUCUACCUCUAUUCCGAUGCGGCAUCGCUAUUGCACCCGUUUGCUCCUGGAAUCUUUAUACGUCUUUUUAUUCGGAAAGACAUUUGGGCAUGCCAGAUGAGAAUGCCAAAGAAUAUCAUGAUUCAGAUUUGGUUACCGACGUCCAACGAUUGUUGGAAGUACACAAAGAGGAAGAAAGUCGCCGCUCACCACCAGUAUUUUAUGGACAACGGCAUUCCAGCGGCCGAUAUAACAAAGAUGGUGGUUAUUACUCUUCUUCAUACACGUCGACGUCAGCACAAUCGGAAGCGCCUCCUUACCAAUACCCCGAAUUCUAUUUGGUGCACGGCACUGCCGAUAACAAAGUUCACGUACAGCACACAAUGCGGUUGACUUCAGCCCUGACGCGAGCAGCCGAUGGACUACUUCGUUUUAAACAGCAAAUGUAUCCAGACGAAGAUCACGACCUAGCCGGCGUUCGAUCGCACUUUUACGCGGGAACGUCCGACUUCCUAGAACAGUGUUUCAGUAACAAAGAUGGCGAGGAAGAAGACGAUGAAGACGGCGGCGGAAACGACCGGUUUACCUACCGCGACCGCGAUAUUCACUACAACCAAAAUGGUCGUGAUUAACAUCCUUUAAGGCAACCACCGUUUUACAAAUUUUUCGUGGUAUGACACCUGGUCUAUUACAAUUUAGUAUUCUAGAAAAUUAAUUAUAAAGGAAUGUUAUUCAUUGCAGUAAAUAUAGGCGUAUCCAAGGGGGGGAGGCUAAAUGGGUUAUAUCCCCCCGUUGAUUAAUUAUUACUAUCAACAGUAUAUGACUUUGGCGCUAAUAAGAGAAUGUGAUAACCAAAAAUAAGUCAUUAGUUUCUCUCUUGAAAAAAUGCUGCGUACGAUACUAUCAGUUAACGGAUAUUGUUUAAAUUCACAGUCUUGAUUAAUUCAUUUAUAGAUAAUUGAUCUCAAGUUAGAAAAUUGUCCAAAACCUAAUAGAAUGUAUUUUGAAUUUGUUAGUAUAAAUUUACAAACAAUUCUAACAAUAAGAAAACUAAAAAUUUGAUUUUUGGUGAUAUUAUAAACAAUGACAAAAAUUACCCUCCUCCAAAUUUAUAUAUGUAAACUCUGACUAAUAUGAAAUUUCUUAAAAAUUAUAUUAUCAUUCGACACGUGCGUAGACAAAAUUGAACGUUUUGAUAACAUAACAUUUUGUGUUAGGCGUAAAAAAAGAUAUUUGAAAAAAUGUUAUAGUUAAGUAAUUUAUAGUUUUCACGUAUUUAAAUUAGACUAUAGUUUUUGGACGUAAAAAGAUUUUUUUUACUUAUUUUAUCGUUAAAAUACUUUUUUAAAUAGGCAAUGAUAGUCCAAGAAAUGGAGUGCCCUGCGCCCUUUGGUCACUAUUGUCAAAGUUUACAUAUAGCUUUUUCGUUUACCUAUUUUUUAUACAAAUAUGUAUUAUACAACUAUUUAAAUUAUUUAUUUAUAUUUUAAAGUCAUAUUAUUUUAAGUUAUAUUAAAUUGAUUAUGUUAAUCAAAGAGUGCUUAACUUCUCCAAAACUAUUGUCCAGUAUUUAUUUGUCAUAUAAACUAUUUUCUUUCUUACUUAUUUUUAAAAAUGCAUAGAUUAUAAUAAAACAGUAGUCUUUAGGCUGGUGAGGUAAAUUCAAAUCUAAGGGGCGAAGGGUAUUAGUCCCCUUUUAAUAGAUUAAGUACAAAAUCAUAAUUUAAAAAAUAUUAAGGGUUGGAUCAAGACUAGUUCCAUUAUUUAUAUACAUUGUAUAUAUUAAAAUAUUAUUGAGUCCUCCUAAUAGUUAAUAUUUUUCGAUUAAAAUAAUAAUAACUAUAAUUUGGGUUUGAGGGUUAUCAAGUGCUCUAAAACUGUAAUAGUAUUAAAAUAAACCUCAAUUGGUAAACUUUGAACUUUUUGAAUUCCCUUAUCAAAACACUUAGAUAUGAAAUAUAGUUACAAAAAAGGAGCAAUAUUAUUGUACCAUCAAUGUCAAAGAAAUUGAAUAGAAAUAAUAUUUUAAAAUUAUGUAAUAUAUAUUAUAUCAUUUUCAUCACUGUAGUGAUGAAAAGUCUUGUAUGUAAUAGUAAAAUCUAUGACUAUACAAUAAUAAUUAGUUAAAUAUCUUAAUUUAUUAAUAUUAUACUUGCAUACUAU